CCCAUCUUACCAUGGAUAGGGUUUGGUGCAUUCCGGAGUUCACUUAUGGUCCCACAAAGGUAAUCUUUGGAGAUGUUCAUUUUAGCAUACUGUAAAUGCCUGUGCACAAUGUGCAUAACAAAGCAUCAUUAUUGUCAUUCUCUUCAAAGGAAUUCUGCAGAAGCAGCCUUUAUUUCCAGACUCUGCAGGCCUGCUGGGAGGAAACAUAUUACAAUAAACAGAAGAAGCUCAUGGUCCACUAUCUGCUGCUCCAGAGUCAAGGCCAGGUCCCGCACCAUGUCACCACGGAGCACAUGAGCGGCUGGCUGGUGUCUCAGGGCAAAAAAUCCCUUAGGGAGAGGGUGUGGAAGGAAACCCUGGAGGAGGGGAAUGACCUCGCUCGGCUGACCUGGGAAGUCAACACUUGCCUAAAAAUGAUAGACAUAGAGCACGAGGCUGUCUGCAAGCUCCGCCGCUCCUUGCACCCCACCUCGCCAGCUGACAUCGACCCUAAGGUCCACAGCCUCGUGGAAAGAGCAGUAAGGAGCAUUAUGGGCGAGCUGUCCAAUGAGCCCCGUAGCAACCUGCUCAGCCCAUCCCAGGUGGUUGUGGAGGUGGUGCCCAGGCUCCUCCUGGCCCUGUGGCUUCAGCCAAAGGAAGGCCAUUCAGGUCACCCAAUCCUAAUAAGCGGGAUGGCCGUGGGCAUGGUGGCGGCCGUAGUGGAGAAGCUCUCCAGCAUGUUAAAGGCCCCUUCCCCUCAAAUCCCUUUCUCCCGCGCUGCGGCUUUUGAAUCUGUCUGGUCAAUCCUCGGGAGAAUCAGUCAGUCCUUCUCCACGGAUGACCUCCAGAGCCCAUUUUAUAUGAGAUCUGUCUGUGGCUGACGAGGUACAGAGCUGCUUCCAGCCCCCUGUAGCCACCUUACCAGUCCUCCCUGUCGUCGCUGCGGCCGUCUCCACUGCACCUCCAGACAUCCUAGCAGGUGAGUAGCAAUGAUAGAGAGCACUCUGACAGAUGCCUGUUGUGAUGACAUCCCGGUGACUUGUAGUUGUAGAACUCAUCAGGAUUGUUGUUCAUCACCACUAACAUAGAGGCAGACUCUGCUUCUUCCCACCUUGAGGUUGUAGACAUCACCCAUAACACACAGGCAGACACGGCAUCUUCCCACCUAAAUGUUGUGGACAUCACUCCUAAUAGAGAGGCAGAGCCCAUCUCUUCCCUCUUGGAGGUUGUGGAUGUCACACCUGAAGAAAGGACUCUCAAGAUGGCCAUCGUCGCCACUCUCCCAACUGACAUCCAAGCAGAGGAUGUUGCUGUGGUCAUCCCAGAUGUCACCCCACACGUCACCAAGGAUGUGACACUGGAUGUUCCAUGCAGAGCUGCAUGCAAAGGGAAAGUCCGCCAAUUUUUUAUCAGGCUUUUGAGGGCAGUGUGCUGCUGCGCCUGCCACAAGGAAGAGGAGGAACAAUAUUAGUUAUUUGUCAGACCUUCAGAAAUGGGAUUGAACCAUAGAACAUUAAAUUAUUUGCAUUAUAAUAA